AAUCGAAUUAAGCGCGAAGAGAGAAAUGAACGCACUUUAUGUCAUCAUCACACCUAUUUAUGCUAUACUCUGCAUUGUAAAACAUCCAAUUUGUUUGACAUUUUUUUAAUUGAAUCUGGGGUCCCAGUUGUAGAGUUUUUCUACAUUUUCUAUUAUUUUUGCAUUUAACUAGGAAUUUAUAGAACAAGAACUAGCGAUGAAUCCAUGUGCUGUACCUACAGAAAUAAAAGACACCGAUGCAGACAAUAGAUGGAUGAGCAUUCACAAUCGUUUUUUGUCUGAAUGCCGGGAGAAGGAUCCGGAUGUGAUUUUCAUCGGUGACUGUAUAUUUGAAACAUUGCAACAUACGGAAACGUGGAACUUAUACUUUGCUCCGCUACAUUGCCUCAACUUUAGUAUUUACCAAGACCAAACACAACAUGUUUUAUGGCGCCUGCAGAACGGCGAAUUGGACAACGUUAAACCAAAGAUAGUUGUACUGCUUGUCGGUACGAAUAAUGUCCACAAUACAGCCGAAGAAGUAGCUGAAGGGAUAUUGGAAAUUGUAAAAACUAUUCGUGAUAAAUUAGCUGACAGCUACAUUGUGCUACCAACUCUACUACCUCGAGGCCACCAGCCAAACAUUUGUCGUGAUCGAAAUAAUUCAGUCAACCACUUAAUUGCGGAGAAAUGUGCCGGCAUGAAACGGGUCCAGACGGUGUGCAUCGACAAGGGAUUGAUACAAACAGACGGUACAAUUAGUCAUCACGAUAUGUUUGACUAUUUGAAUCUGACGACAGCAUCGACGAAAAAAGUUUUCGAACCGCUGUUCGAUUUGUUGUCGCAAAUAUUGCACGAAAAUGAACCGGAAAAGGAUCUGACACCGUCUGAGUGAGAACCGGGUGUGCGGAGGUUGAAUGCGAAUCAAAACAAACAAAGAAAAACAUUAAACACAAACCAAGUAUAAUUUUGCUUUAAGUUCUAAUUUUAUGAAAAUUUGAAAUUUUAUUUAAAAGAAAACAAACGAAUAUAGGAAAGAGGACAUAGAAAUUUUGUUUCGCGAGGCUUAAAGUGAGCGGUGAUUGGCUUAUUUAUGUAGUGCGCUUUGUUUGAAUAGUUUUAAUAAAAAAAAGAAACGAAUGGGAUGGCCCCCCAUCGACCGAUUGUUAAAGUACAAGAUUUACGAAUGAAUGUCCGGAAAGUUUCAAUUAUUAUAUCUCAUUAUUAACUUACGAAAAACAAAAAAAAUAAAAUAUUUUAAUCGUUUUUAGGUGAUGUGAAUACGCCAACACAGACACACAAUUGAUUUGAUUUAAAUAUAAUAAUUACAUUGCUAGUGAACUUUAACUUAAAACGCUUCUAAUCAUUCCAAUUUUGGUAAAUUAUUUCUUUUCAUCUUCAACCGGUCUCAGCACCAGCAAACUGAUUUUUAACUAUUUUCAAGUGUGACUAACGCCUCACCACCCAAAAAUAUUAAAUUCAGACGUGGAAGGUUGUCGCAGAUGCCCAUAGCACAUGUGUAAUAACACCAUUUGAAACCAAUGUUGUUCGAUAAUAAAAACUAAUUUUAAAUGAGGGAUAAAAAUCGAAAUUGGUGUCAAAAGGAAGGUAUUUUGGCCUCAAAUGACGAAUACAAUUGAAAAAUUCGGUUUUCGUUGACCGGUCUGACCUGACAGGUCGAACAUUCAAACAUUGGACUUAACAGACCUUACAAUAAAAAUUAAAUUUUUUAAAUGUAUUUAGACCGAAAUACCUUCAUUUUGACACCAAUUUCGAUUUUUUUUUCUUUGAUGUGUAACGUUACUAACGACUGUUACACAAUAAGUCGCAGAACAAUAGUUCUUCGUAUUGCUGAACGUAGGUUUCAAGCCUUGGCCCCAUAAGGGUCUCUCAGUUUAUUAUAAUUUGUUGAGAGACGAAGUGUCAUGGAAAGUUAUAAUUCACCAAAAUCAUAAAAUCGCCUUUUUCAAUAAUUUUAUAAAUAAAAAAAAAAAUGAAUUACGAGAGCACCUGCACUUAUUACUAUGUAAAUUAAGGAAGAUUGAGGAAAAAAACAUGAAAUUUAAUUUAAGAAAAAUAUUCAGAAAAAUACUCAUCCAUUAGAUUGAAAGUUUCGCUUGACUUGGGCUUGCGAGCGAUGUCAACAUAUAUACAAAAAAUAAUAAUAAAUUAUUGAAGAGUGAUGAAUGUUUGUAAUAAAACAACAAGACAAAAAACCAGUGAAAAUAUAGAAAUAAAAUCGUGGAAUUUUUCAAUGC